UCGUACCAUUCUUCUGCAACAUUAGGUUUGUUGAACCGUUUGAAUAUCGGGGCAUUGCUCUUGAUUGAUAAACAAAAUAAAAGGGAUAGUUCAAUGGUGGGCUCAGUGCCUUGUUUGGCCUUUUUCUAUCUACUUGCCUUGUGGAAACUGACACCCACCAACACUAAAAUUUAUUCAUUUUUAUUUGCAACACUUGCCAAUGCCCCAGCCCGCAGCAGCACCAUCAAUAACCCUUCUUCAAUGGAGCCCCCAGUUCUCAGUUUCAAUAGCAAUGACACCACCAACAAUGGCAACUGCACCACUGACUUUGAUAUCAUUACCUGGUUUGAAGACGUUUCCAAGAACGCUGGUUCUGUUCAGACUCAGACACUCUGCAAGAUUCUUAAGCAGAACUAUGGGGUUGAAUAUCUAAAGACAUGGUUGGGGAGCUACAAUAUCUCAGAAAUGGAUGCAUGUGCCUUGGAAUCUCUUUUUACUUCUGUGGUUCCCCUUGCUUCACAUGCAGAUUUCGAGCCAUAUAUCCAAAAAAUUGCAGAUGGAGACACAGGUCCUAUACUCACACAACAACCCAUAACCACUCUCUCCUUAAGUUCUGGAACCACAGAGGGAAGGCAGAAGUUCGUACCCUUUACCCGCCAUAGUGCUCAAACGACCCUGCAAACUAUCACUUUAGCAGCAGCCUAUAGAUCAAGGGUUUAUCCGACAAGGGAAGGAGGUAGGAUUCUUGAAUUUAUAUACAGCAGCAAUCAGUUCAAAACAAAAGGAGGAUUAAAAGUUGGAACAGCCACAACACACUACUAUGCAAGUGAAGAAUUCAAAACCAAACAAGAGAAAACAAAGGCAUUCACUUGCAGCCCCUAUGAGGUUAUUUCUGGGGGGGACUAUAAACAAUCCACGUACUGCCACCUCCUUCUUGGGCUCUUCUUCUCUGAUCACGUAGAGUUUAUUUCCUCAGCUUUUGCCUAUGGCAUAGUGCAAGCAUUUUGCACUUUCGAAGAGGUUUGGAGAGACCUUUGCAAUGACAUAAGAGAUGGCACUUUGAGUUCAAGAAUCAUGUUACCCCAAAUGAGAGAGGCUGUUUUGGGUACAAUAACUUCAAACCCCUCUUUGGCCUCAAAACUAGAAGAAGCUUGCUUGGAGCUAGAAGUGGUGGAUUGGUUUGGUUUGGUUCCAAAACUUUGGCCAAAUGCCAAGUACCUUUAUUCCAUAAUGACAGGUUCUAUGCAACCUUAUUUGAAAAAGCUUAGGCAUUAUGCAAAUGGGGUGCCACUAAUAAGUGCUGACUAUGGUUCAACUGAGAGUUGGAUAGGGGUUAAUGUGGAUCCUUGUUUGGCUCCUGAGAAAGUAACCUUUGCUGUAGUACCGACGUUCUCUUACUUUGAGUUCAUACCACUUUAUUAUAGACAGAAACAAGAUUUCAGCUCAGUAGCUGAUCAUGAUUUCAUGGAAGACGAGCCAAUCCCACUAUCCCAGGUUAAAGUUGGCCAAGAGUACGAAAUAGCGCUCACAACUUUUACUGGGCUGUAUAGGUGCAGACUAGGAGACGUGGUGGAAGUGGCAGGUUUUCACAACGGGACCCCAAAAUUGAACUUUAUAUGCAGAAGAAAACUAAUUCUAACCGUGAAUAUAGACAAGAACACAGAGAGAGACCUUCAAAUAGUGGUAGAGAAAGGGUCACAGCUGCUAAACAAGGCAAAAGCUGAGCUUGUUGAUUUUACAAGCCAUGCAGAUGUCUCAAACAACCCAGGUUGUUACGUUAUUUUCUGGGAAAUCAAAGGUGAGGCCGAGGAUAAGGUACUUGAGGCAUGCUGCAGGGAAAUGGAUGCUGCUUUUGUUGACCAUGGCUAUGUGGUCGCAAGGAAAACAAGUUCAAUAGGGCCUUUGUUGCUUUGCAUUGUAGAGAGAGGGACUUUUAAAAAGAUUUUGGAUUAUUUUGUGGAGAAUGGGGCAGCACUGGGCCAGUUCAAGACCCCUAGGUGCACUAACAACCCGGUCCUCCUCAAAAUUCUUAGUGCAUGCACCAUUAAAACAUUUCGCAGCACUGCUUAUAUAUAGUUCAAUCCACUUAUGAUGGAUGCAUCAUGCAUUGUUUUGAUUUUUUUUUUCUUUUCAAAAUUUUUCUAUGGUUUUCUCCUAGUGAACAACAAGCUAUAGCGAAGUUAUUAGCCCAUGGUUACUAGAGGAAAAAAAAAUCUUUUUAAUCAAAAACCCUUGUCUUGGGGGUGUGUUGUAAUUGUUUCUUUAUUUUUCUUUUCAAGAAUUCAGGGUGUGCUUGUAGACCAGUCUUAAAAAAGAAACAUGCAACCGGAUGAUUCAAUGCCAUUGAUUUUUUUUCUUUGUAA